UACAUGCGCAGGAGUUUCUCUAGAAAGUCCCGCAAGUCAGUUGCGUUCGAGCAGAGCACAUCUUGCAUACAAAUCGACAUCGAUCCUUUAUAUCUGUUUGAUUUGACGUAACAUACCUAUGUCCCGUCAUUUGAUUUGUAUACUUUGAGAAAGCAAGUUUGGAACCUUAUAUUCGCGGUAAUAUAUACCUACUUAUAGCAUAAUGAAAAUGAAAGGGAUCGUUUUGUUUUUGUUUGUGGCCGGCUGCGGUGUGACCUCAUCAUUGGGUCACGGAAAAUCUUUUGGUUUGUGGAAUAAUGAAGACAACGUUAUGGAUGUUACUGAUUUCUCUGUUUAUUAUGAUUUAAAUACAAAUGAGACAAUACGGCGGAUGAUGCCCAGGCCCUGGUACAGGCCUGGAUGGUUCAUACGUCUCCCAUUCAUGGGUGGACCCUGCCAAUGUAAAGAGUUGAAAUGCACCUGCUGUACUGGAAUAAGAUUCCAAGCAUUAAACUAUGAUAGACGUACAUGUACAAUAAUAGAGUAUGAGCCCGAAGACUCGAUGUUCACUAUGGAAGUCAAAAUGAGCAACGUCACAGUAUAUCAAAGAAUGUUCUCAGCUCGUAAUCCACCGCCCUUCUGUGUACCCAUUCCUGUGCCAUAUUUACCACCGGGCCUCGUUGAUAUGUGCAUUCGGCUUUUCGAUGUAUCCGUUGUGGAUCAAAAAUUCCACGUGUGCAUGGAUAUGGAUACACGAAUCGACAAAGCUCCCGUUUUGAUUCUUCACUGGGACUGUAUGGACAUGGGACCCGGUGGCAUCGGUUUGUCCAAACCAGGAAACAACAACAACAUCGCAUCUGAAUCCACGAGUGUAACCACUACGCCAGAGCCGCCACAAGUUGAUAGCGAUGUCUUUGAUCCCGUUAAUGCAGACAAAGAAACUACAACAAACGCAGUAUUCAGGAAUAGCAUUAAAUAUAUAUAAAUA